AUGGCGUCACGCAGGUUAGAGAUCGUCCUCCACUCCGCAAACGAUUUGUACGACGUCAAACACUUUGGUACGAUGGAUCCUUACGCCAUGCUUUGGGUGGCCGAAGGGGGCCGGGGCAUGGUCUCAGAACAGUGUAAAACCGAGGUGGCAAAGAAAGUUGGUUCUUGUCCAGUAUGGAAUUAUCCCAUGAGAUUCCAGCUCAAGCCCACAAACAACAGCUACAUUCUCUUCUGCGAGAUCAAACACGAUCUCCUCGCGGGAGAUGCUUCAAGAGAAAAGGUUGGUUACCCGCUUAGGACACCAUCCGGCGAGGUUAAGGGAGAAAUCAUCCUUUCACACAAAUUCACAGUUGGCAAAGUAUGCAGACCCAGAAAGAAGGUUCCAAAGAAAAAGAAACAUGGGAUGAUUAAAAAGAUUGCAAAGACUGUGGUUACUGAAGCUGCUUUGUUAGUUGGGGGCCUUGGGGCUGCAUAUAUCCUUGGUGAAAUUUUUGGCCAAGACGUCGAAAACGAUUACCAAAACGAGGAUGAAGCAGACGGAGAUGCAGAUGCAGAUGAAGAUGCAGAUGUAGAUGAAGAUGCAGAUGAAGAUGCAGAGGCAGAUGCGGAUGAAGAUGAAGAUGAAGAGGAGUAUUGA